AGUGAAACUGUGAGCAGCACAAAAUGGCCUACAGUGAGGAUUUGUUCGACUGCUCUAUCUGUUUACAGCUACUGGAGGAUCCUGUGACGACGUCCUGUGGACACAGUUACUGUAUGAAAUGCAUCAAUAACUUCUGGGAUGGACAUAAUGACAGAGGGAAGAGCUACAGCUGCCCUCAGUGCAGGCAGACGUUCUGCCCCAGGCCUGAUCUGAAGAGGAACACACUCCUGGCUGCCCUGCUGGAGGAGCACAGGAAGACACACAGUGAAGACGCUGAUAAUAGCACUCAUGCUGCUCCUGGUGAUGUUCAGUGUGACGCCUGCACAGGGAGAAAAAGAAAAGCGUGCAUGUUCUGUCUUGUGUGUUUGGCCUCUUACUGUAAGACUCAUCUGAAGCCUCACUUUGAGGUGCCCCCCUUAAAAAAACACAAUCUGAUCAAAGCCUCUGCAUGGAUCAAAGACAGAAUCUGUGGCCGUCAUGACAAACUUCUGGAGAUUUACUGCCGCACGGAUCAGCAGUUCAUCUGCUUGCUGUGUACCAUGGAUGAGCACAAAGGACAUGACACUGUGGCAGUGUCAGCAGAAAAGUGUCAAAUGCAGAGACAACUGGGGCAGACCAAACUGAAAAUAGCAGACAGACUGCUGCACUCAGAGAGUAAAAUAAUGGAGCUGAGGCAGGCUGCAGGCUCUAUAAGAGAUGCUGCAUGGGAGGCGUGUGAUGACCUUGAGCGGCUGUGUGCGGAACACAUCUGUACUUUGGUCCGUUCUGUGGAGAGGAAGCGCUCUGUGAUGAGAGAGAGAGUUGGAGAGGCAGAGAAAUCAGGAGUGGACUGGACCAACAUCCGUGUCGGACAACUGGAGCGUGAAGUGUCCGAGCUGAGGAACAGAGAGGAUAGACUCAACCAGCUUUCACUAACAGAGGACCCCAUUCAGUUUGUGCAGGGUUUCAAGGCCCUUGGUGACCUCCCUGUGUUCGCAGACUCAAGUCCUAACACAUUGACAGAUUUCAUCUCUGGACAGACAAAAAAACUGAAAAAUCUGUGCAACAAAGAAAAGAUAGAAUUAUUGCGUGAUCCGGAAAAAGAUCUGUUGUGGAAACGACCAACGAUUCAUGAGAAAACAAUAUCAAGGAUGUAUCUUUUGACCAAAUAUCAGGGACACACCACCAUGGAGGUGGACCCCAACACAGUAGCUGCAUGUCUUCAUUUGUCAGACAGAAACAGAGAGAUAUCAUGGAGCGACCGGGACCAGGCUCACCCUGAUCAUGCAGACAGAUUCUCCUACUAUCACCAGGCUCUGUGCAAAAACAGCCUUCAGUACAGCCACUACUGGGAGGUGGAGUGGGAUGGGGGCAUUGUGGAUUUGGCUGUGUCGUACAGAAGCAUUGAAAGAAAUGGUUCGGGCAACAGUUGCUGUUUCGGCCACAACGAGCUGUCUUGGAAAUUAACCUGCUCGUUGUCCGGUUGCACAUUUUGGCACAAUAAUCUUCACAAAGGCCAGAUUCCUCCGGUUCUCUCCCGCAGAGUGGGCAUACAUCUUGAUUUUGAAGCAGGAACUCUGGGCUUCUACAGUGUUUCUGACUCGGGCAGUUUCUCACAGCUGCACCACGUCCAGACCAUUUUCACCGAGCCUCUGUAUCCUGGGUUUUCCGUGGAUUUGGGUGCGACACUUAAAAUAUGCAAACUCGAAGCCACAAUUAAAGCCGCAGGACCCCCUGUCAUUUAAAGAAACCAAAUGCCUCAGGGAAACCAGAGAUGUUGCAGUUUACAUCCAUGUCUGUCCAAAAUGUCAUCAUUUUAUAAUUUCUUCCAAGCCAUUUGUGCUUAAUUUCAAAAUAAGCAUUUAAAUUAGCUGUGGCUCAGUGGGUAGUGUGAUGGACUUCGAAUCAGGGGAUAGCAAGUUCGAGUCCCACUGCAGUCAGCAUGUCGUUGUGUCCCUGGGCAAGACACUUCACCCCAAAUUGAUCCUGUGGGGAUUGUCCACAGUACUCAAUGUAUGUAAGUCGCUUUGGAUAAAAGCGUCUAACAAAUGACAUGUAAUGUAAAUGAUUGAGAUGGACAGAAAACCCUAAAAAUAAAUAUGUACAAAAUUAGGAAUAAUAUUCACAUAAUGGAUAUAUGUACCGAGAAUUCUGGAAACGAAUAAAUAGUUGAAAAUAUAUCUUUUAGUUAAGCUAUUUGUUCUCUAAAAUGCCUCUAUAUAGCACAUCAAAAUACUUUUUUAUAUAACUUCUAUACUUUGAAUAAUUUUAUAUUUGAGCUCAUUUUCAAAGUGGGCUUAUUCAAAAGAUGGUGUCUCAGUAUUUUGCAGGCUGAUUUGAUAUUAUAAAAAAUACUUGCAACAAUCACUCUGUUGUGUCUUGCGCUAGGGUUUAAUAAUGGGAAAAAGGCCACCAAUGGUUUAUGGAGUUUAAAUCCUUGAUUAUUGUAAAUACUGCUAUGCUUAUCCUUUAUUUUCAAUUAUCAAACAAUCAGUUAAGCAGCAUAUUCUUGCUUUAAAGGUAGGGUAGGUAAGAAUGGAGAAACCAGCUUGAGUGCGCUAGAAUUUGAAAGUAGCAGCCGAAAAAAAUCUGGCCCUUCCUUCAGACUUCCUUACAGAGCCCCUCCUCCAACACACACGGACGCGCACAUGACCAAUGAGGGCACGAGACAGGCAGGCAGGUAGGCCAUCCAGUUAUCCGGGCCGGCUCAGAUAAUUGGUCAUGCUUUUUACAGCGCCACGGCUUCCACAGAUGAAUUUUUUUAAUGUAUUUAUAGUCAAAGCAUUUAAUGUAUUCAUUGCUAUCGGGAUAUUAAGAGCAUUCCAUGGAAUAUAACAAGUGUUUCUGAAAUGAAUUACCUAUACCCUACCUUUAAUAGACUUCAAUAAAGGGCAAUUUUCUUCCAA